AUGAGUGUUGUCAGUACCAAGCUAUGCAUGCUAGCCAAUAGCAGUUCACAGAUGCCUGCCGCACUGCAGCUGAACAUCCAACUGCAACCCAGUGCAGGUGCAAGCGCCCACUCUGGUCGCGACGCAGUCAGGCUGAGCUGGCAAUACUGUAGGCAACAUGGAGACGCCAGCGAUUUGAUCGAUACCGGCGGUCGUUGUCGACCUUGUUUACGACGUGCAAUCAGCUUCACGACCCUCCGCGAGUCUCUGCAACCCUUACAAUCCACGGCCUUGAGGCUCUCGGCCGCCGUAUCCCAACAACCCGCUGAAUGGGACACCGUCGACUCCGCCGCGAGGAAUACAUUGUGGGAUGGAUAUGCGCGCUCCCGGUUGACCUUGCCGCUACGCAAGAGAUGCUCGACGAAGAGUACGAGACCUGGAGCAGGAAGAGCACGACCACGAUUUGUACACGCUCUGACGGGUCGGCGACCACAAUAUCGUCACCGUUUGCCUACCGGGGAGACUUGA